AUGCGUUUCUCUACCGGUCUGCUCUUGGCUGCGGCCUCGAGCGUCAUGGGUCAGCGAUUCACCAACUCUAGUAUCCCUGCUACUGAGUCUGCUACCACCACCACUGACGCUGCUCCCACCGGCUCUGCUGCUGCUGCCCAGCCCGUUGAUCUCGGUAGCGCUGAGCUUGGUCCCAACUCUCAGUUCAUCACCCGUCCUGAUGGAAGCAUCGCUAUUUCCCUGUUCGCCCCUCCCAAUGGCAUUGCUUCAUUUGCCAUCGGUAUUCCCAACGACAUCUUCUCCGGCUUCCCCAUUGGAGACCUUUUCAUCAUCCUCUGGGAGAUCCUUGUUGAGCUCCUUGAGACUCGCAAGCGUGCCGAGACCGACUGCAGCCUCGAUGUCACUGUUGACGGUGUGAGCGUCUUCUCUGAGGGCCUCUCAACCGGAUCUGGUUCCAAGUCUGGCGAUAGCACUGCUUCCACCGGUAACCCCCCCAACGUCGAGUUUGUUCAGUCUUGCGGUGCUACUUCCUCCCGCCUGGAGGUCUCUGAUCUUGCUGUCGGCCCCCCUGGUUCCAGCAACCCUGGUGCCGGUAACGGUGGCGGCAAUGGCGAGAAUACCACUGGCACUGCUGAGCCUACCAACACCAACUCCGAGGGCGCUACUACCAACUCUGAGGGCGAGACCGUUGAGCCUACCGAGACUGCUACCAACUCUGAGGGUGCCACCACCAACAGCGAGGGUGAGACCGUCUUCCCUACCGGUACCCAGACUGGCACUGAGACCGAGACUGCUGCUACCAACACCAACUCUGAGGGUGCUACCACCAACUCUGAGGGCGAGACCGUUCAGCCUACCGGCACUGAGACCACUGCUCCUACUUCUUCUGCUACAUCUGCUCCUGGCUUCCCCGGCUCCAUCGGCGACUUUGCUCUCUUCGGCUGUGUUGGCUCAACCGCUGGCUUCCCCACCUUCGAGCUUGCUCGCUCUUCCGGCUCCAUGGACCUCAACCUCUGCGCCAGCAUCUGCGAGGGCCGUGCUUACUUCGGUGUCCACGAUGAGGACUGCUACUGCGGUGACGAGAUCGAUGCUGACAACACCAGCCGUGUCGACACUGACCAGUGUGACAUUGAGUGCCCCGGUGACGACUCUGAGUUCUGUGGUGGUGAUGCUCCUCUCGCUCGCCGCAGCCGCAUCCAGGCCCGCCAGGCUAUCCCUAACACCAUCCUCCUCACUGUCUACGUCUCUGUCAACGGCCCUGAUGUCACCAUCACCGAUGUUCUCACCGCUACUGUCACUGACCAGUCUACCCUGACCACCACCUUCACCACCACCAUCUCUGAUGCUACUGCCACUGAGACCCAGACCGUCACUGCCAUCUACGUCUGCUCCAACGGCAAGUGCUACCCCGAGAACGACAACGGCUCCAAGGUUGUCUACAUCUUCGUUUCUUACCCUGGUGAUGAGUGCGACGGCCAGCUCGUCUACAUCUCUGAGGCUUGCUCUUGCCAGGGUGGUUCUCAAUACGUCCCCAAGUACUGCUCCAACGGCAGCUGCCACGGUCUGACCGUCUACAAGCCCGAGGAGUGCCACGACUGGUACAACCACGACAACUUCUUCGUCCCUGCUGACUGCGAUGUCUGCGAGCACGGUGAUGUCGUCUACAAGCCUUGGGAGAACUCCUGGGGUACCCCCGCUGAGUGCAAGGAGGUUGAGGUCCCCAGUUGCACCAAGGAUACCUGCCCCUCCCACGACAACGGCUCCAACGGAGGUAACGGUGGAAACGGCGGCAAUGGAGGCAAUGGAGGCAAUGGUGGUAACGGAGGCAACGGAGGCAACGGAGGCAACGGAGGCAACGGAGGCAACGGAGGCAACGGAGGCAACGGAGGCUCCGGUUCCAACGGUGGCUCAGGUUCCAACGGUGGCUCCGGCUCUGAGGGCUCUGGCUCUGAGGGCUCUGGCUCUGAGGGCUCUGGCUCCAAGGGCACCACCCCCGAGACUGGCUCAGGCUCCAAGGGCAGCUCCGGCUCCGAGGGCUCUGGAUCCAAGGGUGAGAGCGGCUCCAGCUGUGAGGGUGACCACUGUGUCCCCGUCACUGUCAGCAGUGCUGGCAAGCAGGCCGUCAGCGCUCUUGCUCUCCUCGCUGCUGUUGCCGCUCUUCUCUAA